GUUGGUGCCGACGGGAAGCAAGGCGAUGUUAGCGUCAACGGCGUGGAACAACAGGCGGGCUUUGCGCAAGAAGCUCAACAGGAAGAAGGUAAUGGGCCCCAACCUUUACAACCAGAGCAGCAAGCAUCUCCUCCUUCCAAAACAAGACGAGCACGCGGUCAACAACUCCCGCUCGCCUAUAAGCAGCUAGAG